GCAUUCUGGUAUUCCUGCGGCUGUUCAAAAGAGGUUCUUUCUUCUUUUCCUGCCAGCUAACACUUCUUAUUCGGGUCUUGUCUGUUGUUUAGACGGUUUGAACGCGUACGUCGAUCUGAGGGAGAGUGCGAUUUAAUGACCCUCAAUUUAUUUUGUUGAACAGUUUUGAUUUUUUGUCGGAGAAAUUGCCAUAAUGGAGAGGACCGCUAUUUUCAUGAUCUGUUGCAUUGGAACAAUCUCUCUUGCUUUUCCUGCUGAAGACAUCAAACUGGUGAAUCAGCCCAUGCCUGGACAAGAAUUUGUAUUUGUGCAUUCCUCGGAAUCUGGGGCCAAGCCCAUUGCGCGUAAAGAAAAAGAAGAAGAGCACCAUAGAAAAUUUGAAACAGCUCAUAAAAUACCGCCAAACCUGACGUUCGCAUUAAGCGAAGAAGCUGACGAAUCUGAAAUCUUGCCCAUUAAACCUGUAAAAAGCGUAGGAAAGAAAGUGCAUAAAAGAUAUGCCGCCGAACCACCAGCUCCUGCACCACCAGGGGCUAUAAAGUUAAACGUUGCCCAACUUCUAGAAAAGUACAAGGAAGCUAUGAAAACCUCAACAGUAGCACCUUCUUCGACUACAACGACAUCAACAACGAAAACAAGUAGAAGGCGAGGCACUAAAAAGAGGUCUCGAAGAUCACCAUCGAGUGAAGUAUCUGGUCCAACAACUCAACGCCCGGUACUGACUACAUCUCGAAUUGCUCCUAAAAAUGUAGAUUUUGAUGUCGUCGGGUCAGCAAGCGACAAACAAAGGUCAAGAAUACAAAUUAAAAAAGGACCUAAUGGGCAAGAAUAUGAAUAUGAGUAUGUCUAUUAUUACUAUGAUGAUGAUGAAGGUGCAAAGGACAAGGUAACUAACGGACAUGAUGGUCCAGCUAGGAACAGCAUAUCUAGAAAUAACAAAUCGAGAGAAAAAGCCACUCCUGAGGUCAAUGAAGUAUUACCGUCAAGAAGUAAACCCCGUGGUAGGCAGCUCGACGAGGAGGACUCCGUGCAGGAAGAAAGAUUACCGACAAACACAAGAUUCCCUCCUAGGAGCAGAAAUCUGAACACAACUCCUGCUAUUGAGGAGGACCGAAAACCAAGCGCUUCCCGAACUAGAAGUAGGGGUAGACCAGCUGCUGAAACUUCCACAUCAGCAGCAGAAGAAGAUAAUGUUUCAGACGAGACUCAA